AUGUCGUUAAUCAUUGCCGAAGCAAUAGUUGAUAAAAAUGAUUUACCCGAAGAUAUUUUUACUUACAAUCACGAAAGAUUUUAUGAAUUUAUUGAACAACAAUAUGGCAUUGAUCUUGCUGAAUUAUUUCGUUUUCAAGCGAUUCGAAACGCAACACAUUUGUUAAAUACAUCAUGCGAUGACAUCAUAUCAAUUUUACAAUUAGAAUCCAAUGACAUUAAAGUAUUGAAAAACUUAUGUUGUUUUCAAAUUGCUGGUGAUAAAUAUAAAAUAAAAUUAGGUGUUAAAUUAGCAUUAAAAAAUUUUAUCGAGUUGGUAAAGAUAAAACAACAACAACAACAAAAGAAAAAAAAAUCUUCGAUUCAACCUUUAUCUAUUAAUCGAACACAACCACAACCACAAACUCAAACAUUAGUUGGAACAUCAAAUGAAACAACAGACGAAACGCAAAUUGAACUUCCUACAUUACCAUCAAUUCCAUCGAAAAAUGAUACAUCAUUAACACGAUCAAGAUUAACAACAUUACAAAAAAAACUAAAUGAACUUGAUCAUAUUGCUGAUAUUGAAAAUAGAAUUAACAAAUGGUGGAGUUCAAUGGAUAGUGGUGGUUCAUCUUUAAAUGAAGGUACACAUUAUGUUUUAGAAAUCAAUAAAUCAUUAAAUGAUACAUAUGCUUGUAUUUUGACAUGUAAAUGUCAGAAUCGAUUUAAAUUACCAUUUGUCACACCAGGUUUAUUCAAACUGUCAUCAUUUUAUCGACAUGUCAAAGAAAAACAAUGUAUAAAACUCCCGAAGAUGAAAUAUGGACAAGAAAAUGCUGUUAUUAUUGAUGAAGACUCAGCUGCAAGUCAAUCAAAUUCAUCAAAUCGUUCAUUAAAUACGGUAUCGAAGAAGAAGAAAACAUCAGCUAAUGUCACUUCAAAACGAACUCGUUCACCAUCAGUACAAACAUCUUCAAAAACUGUUACUAGUAUGGUUAAAAAGAAGAGAAUAUUAUCAACAAAUAAUACAGAUUCAUCUCAAGAAUAA